AUCUUCUUUGAUUUACAGAUUUAUAUAAAGUAGAUAGGUAGAGGCAUAAAGUAGUUUGCAGCAACAGCAUUGUAUAAACCAUGUCAAACAAUGACAUCCAACCUCCCCCUCCACCCCCUCCAAUGAUGGGAUCAUUGCCUCAUGGACCACCUAUGAUGGGAGGCUCAUCAGGACCCCCACCCCCUCCGGGGCCCACAAAUAUGAUGGGUCACAAUGUGCCACUUCCGAUGAAUAUGGGUCCAAUGAUGCAAGGUGGACCAGAUAAUAUUGGCUUCAAUGACAGAAUGAACAGAAGACCCCAUCCGAAUGAUGGUGAAGAUAUGCGAGGAGGUCCUGGAGGAUUUGAUAGACCUCCUUUCCCUGAUCGCUUCAAUAACAUGCCACCUCGUGAUAGGUUUGACGGGCCAUCUGGACCUCCUGGUAAUUUUGAUGGCCCACCUGGGCCCCCGAAUCGCUUUGAUGGUCCCCCAGGAAGUUUUGAUGGCCCGCCACCGAGACAUUUUGAUGGUCCACCUGGUGGUUUUGAUGGCCCACCUGGUGGUUUUGAUGGCCCACCUGGAGGUUUUGACGGGCCUCCUGGUAGCUUUGAUGGACCCCCUGGGUCAGGUCCAUCAGGCCCUGGUGGAUUUGAUGGGCCACCUGGCGGGUUCGAGGGACCUUCGGGACCUAGUGGAUUUGACAAUCAUGAUGAGUAUAGAGGAGAACCAGAGAUGUAUGAUGAACGUGCUCCUCGACGUGGUUCUCCCCAACCUCUUAUGGGACGUCGUGUGGAACCAACUAAGGAUUUCGAAAGAAGGUUGAAAGAAGAUGAAAAAUCAGGCAAAAAAGGAAGAGAUUUCAGGUUGCCAGCUGCACUGGAAAAAAUGCUUGCCUACAAAGAUGAAAGAGCAAAAGAGGUUGGAGUUUCGAAUGAAGAAGUCAAAAAGGCAAUGGAAGGAAAAUUGGAACUCGAAAAAGCUACAGAACCAGCAAAUGAAACAACAAUGUCUGAACAAAAAAGGCGACUCGAGGAAAUUAAAGCAGAAAUUACGAAGCAGUAUGUUGAAGAUACCAAACCCGGUGAUCUUCCACUUACUAAAUCAGAAGUUGCUGAACAAGCUCGUAAAGCUCUAAAAAACAGAAAGAAAAAAGAAAAGAAGAAGAGAAGAAAUGUACAAAAGAAGAAAGAAAAAGAAGAGAAGGAGAUAACAAAAGAUGCUCAACCUCCCGCAGAGAAAGGAGAGAUUGAUGCAGUGAAACAAGAAAAAGAUGUUGAAAUUGAAUAUGUUGCUGAUACUCCAAGUUUUAAUGAUCCGUAUUUGUACGAGUUCAAGAAAGUGUUUGAAGCAUUUAAAAUAGCUGAAGAGAUUGAAAAGGUGACUGCAGAUUCCACUACAGAUGGUAAAGAUGCAAAAAGCAAGUUAAAACAACCUAAACCUAUAAAAGAAGAAAGUAGUGAUGAUGAAGCUGAAGAUGAUAAACCCAAAGUGUCAAAAAGACAACUUCGUAGAAUGAACAGAUUAUCAGUUGCCGAAUUAAAACAACUUGUAUCAAGGCCUGAUGUGGUGGAAAUGCAUGAUGUAACUGCUCAAGAUCCAAGGUUACUAGUUCACUUGAAAGCAACAAGAAAUUCUGUCCCCGUGCCUCGGCAUUGGUGCUUUAAACGGAAAUAUUUGCAAGGAAAACGUGGUAUUGAAAAACCACCUUUUGAUCUGCCAGACUUUAUCAAAAGCACAGGAAUCAUGGAAAUGAGACAAGCUCUACAGGAAAAGGAAGAUCAACGAACGAUGAAAUCAAAAAUGAGGGAAAAAGUUCGACCUAAGAUGGGAAAAAUAGACAUUGAUUAUCAGAAACUUCACGAUGCUUUUUUCAGAUAUCAAACGAAACCUAGAAUGACAAUACACGGUGAUCUUUAUUAUGAAAAUAAAGAGUUUGAAACAAGGUUAAAAGAAAAGAAACCUGGUAUAUUAUCAGAUGAACUCAGAACAGCACUGGGAAUGCCAAUAGGACAUAAUAAAGAAAAGAUUCCUCCACCUUGGUUGAUUGCAAUGCAACGUUAUGGUCCACCUCCUUCAUAUCCUAACCUCAAGGUUGCAGGUUUAAAUGCACCAAUUCCAGAAAGUUGCUCUUUUGGUUAUCAUGUCGGAGGAUGGGGUAAACCGCCUGUAGAUGAAAUGGGAAAACCGUUGUAUGGAGAUGUAUUUGGUGUACAAGUUGGCGAAUAUGAUGACCUUGGUGAUAAUGAUGAAGUUGAUAAAACGCCUUGGGGUGAAUUGGAAAGUGAGAGUGAGGAGGAAUCAUCCUCGGAGGAAGAGGAAGAAGACCAACAACAACCUGAUGCAACUGGGUUCAUUACCCCGGCAGAAAGUGGUAUGGUUACACCAAGCGGUAUAUCAUCUGUGCCAACGGGAAUGGAAACACCAGAUAUGAUUGAAUUGAGAAAGAAAAAGAUUGAAGAUGCAAUGGAAGGUGGUGAAACGCCAGAACUUUAUACUGUAUUACCUGAAAAAUCAGCUGGAAUGGUUGGAAGAUCAAUGAUGGCUUCCAGUCAUGUUUAUGAUAUUGCUGGUGCAAAACGUGCGCAAGGUACAGGUGCUUCUGAUCAAGCUGGUGUUGAAGUUGCAUUGAAUCCUGAGGAACUUGAGUUGGAUACUGCUGCUAUGGCUGCAAAAUAUGAGGAAAGGGUUCGUGAACAACAAGCUCAAGUUGAAAAAGAAGAUUUUAGUGACAUGGUAGCGGAACAUGCAGCUAAACAAAAGAAAAAGAGGAAAGCACAAACGCAAGAACCAGGAAGGGCAACAAAGAAAUACAAGGAGUUCAAGUUUUAAUAUCACAAUCAUUCUUUCGACAUUAUGGGUAUUGUCUACUUUAAAGGCACUUUCGUGAAUGUUGAGUUCAUCGAUAUAGGAGUUUAAAUAGGACCAAAGCGAUAAAAUGCUGAAGAUUAGAAACUGCCACACUGCUCGAUCUGAUACAUUGUUGUAUAUAUUUAUGUCUAUCAUGCUUUUGAUAAGAAUAAAUGUGAAAAAUCAACAUGG